AUGUACCCACCUUCCCCCGCCUCUAUCAGUACCCACCUUCCCGCUCUACCAGUACCCACACCUUCACUCUAUCAGUACCCACACCUUCCCGCCUCUAUCAGCACCCACGCCUUCCCCCGCCUCUAUCCAGGCCCCACACCUUCCCCGCCUCUGUACCCACGCCUUCGCCUCUAUCAGUACCCACACCUUCCCCGCCUCUAUCAGUACCCACGCCUUCCCCGCCUCUCAGUACCCACGCCUUCCCUCUAUCAGUACCCACCCGCCUCUAUCUCUAUCCACACCUUCCCCGCCUCUAUCAGUACCCGCCUUCCCUUCUAUCCAGUGCCCACGCCUUCCCCUCUGUCAGCCACACCUUCCCCGCCUCUAUCCGGUACCCACCUUCCCCGCCUCUGCAGCACCCACAACCCCGCCUCUAUCAGUACCCACCUUCCCCGCCUCUAUCAGUACCCGCCUUCCCCGCCUCUACCAGUACCCACGCCUUCCCGCCUCUAUAGUACCCCCACCUUCCCCGCCUCUACCAGUACCCACCUUCCCCCGCCUCUACCAGUACCCACACCUUCCCCGCCUCUAUCAGUACCCACACCUUCCCCGCCUCUAUCAGUACCCGCCUUCUCCGCCUCUAUCAGUACCCACCUUCCCCGCCUCUAUCAGUACCCGCCUUCCCCGCCUCUAUCAGUACCCACUUCCCCCGCCUCUAUCAGUACCCACGCCUUCCCCGCCUCUAUCAGUACCCACGCCUUCCCCGCCCUCUAUCAGUACCCGCCUUCCGCCUCUAUCCAGUGCCACGCUUCCCCGCCUCUAUCAGUACCCACGCCUUCCCGCCUCUAUCAGUGCCACGCCUUCCCCCGCCUCUAUCAGUACCCACGCCUUCCCCGCCCCCCAUCAGUACCCACGCCUUCCCCGCCCCCAUCAGCACCACGCCUUCCCGCCCCCAUCAGCACCCACGCCUCCCCUGCCCCAUCAGUACCCACCCCCCGCCCCCAUCUCCCCAUCUCCACACCUCCCCGCCCCCAUCAGUCACCCACGCCUUCCCCGCCUUAUCAGCACCCACGCCUCCCCGCCCCCACCAGUACCCACGCCUUCCCCGCCUCUAUCAGUACCCACACCUUCCCCGCCUCCCAGUCACCACGCCUUCCCCGCCUCUCAUCAGUCAACGCCUUCCGCCUCUACUAUACCACACCUUCCCCCGCCUAUCAGUACCCACGCCUUCCCGCCCCUAUCAGUACCCACGCCUUCCCCGCCUCUAUCAGUACCCACGCCUUCCCCGCCUAUCAGUACCCAGCCCCGCCCCCCAUCGCACCCACGCCUCCCGCCCCCAUCAGCACCCACGCCUUCCCCGCCCCAUCAGCACCCACGCCUUCCCCGCCCCCAUCAGUACCCACGCCUCCCCGCCCCAUCAGGCACCCACGCCUUCCCCCCCCUAUCAGCACCCACGCCUUCCCCGCCCCAUCAGCACCCACGCCUUCCCGCCUCUAUAAGUACCCACGCCUUCCCGCCCCAUCAGCACCCACGCCUUCCCCCGCCCCCAUCAGUGCACCCACGCCUCCCCGCCCCCAUCAGUGCACCCACGCCUUCCCCGCCUCUACCAGUACCCACGCCUUCCCCCCGCCUCUAUCACUACCCACCCCUCCCCGCCCCAUCACACCCACACGCCUCCCCCGCCCCAUCAGUACCCACACCUUCCCGCCCCCUAUCAGCACCCACGCCCUCCCCGCCCCCAUCAGCAGUACCCACGCCUUCCCCCGCCCCCAUCAGCACCCACGCCCUUCCCGGCCCCCAUCAGCACCCACGCCUUCCCCGCCCCAUCAGCUACCCACGCCUCCCCUGUCCCCACUGCACCCACGCCUCUCCCCGCCCUCACCCACACCCUCUCCCGGCUCGCCUUCCCCGGCCUCUAUCAGUACCAGCCCCGCCUCACUGCACCACGCCUUCCCCGCCUCAGCACCCACGCCUCCCGCCCCUACCAGCACCCACGCCUUCCCCUGCCUCUAUCAGUGCACCCACGCCUCUCUCCCUGGCCCCAGCAACCCAGCCUUCCCGCCCCAUCAGCACCCACGCCUGCCCAUCAGCACCACGCCUUCCCCCGCCCUCAUCGCACCCACGCCUUCCCCGCCCCAUCAGCACCCACGCCCUUCCCCGCCCCAUCAGUACCCACGCCCCUCCCCGCCCCCACAUCAGCACCACGCCUUCCCCCGCCCCAUCAGCACCCUCCCCCGCCCCAUCAGCACCCACGCCUUCCCCGCCCCUCUAUCAGCCCACGCCUCCCCCGCCCCUAUCAUGCACCCACGCCUUCCCGCCCCAUCAGCACCCACGCCUUCCCGCCUCAUCAGCACCGCCCUUCCCCGCCUCCAUCAGCACCCACGCCUUCCCCGCUCUAUCAGCACCCACGCCUUCCCCGCCUCUAUCACUACACCCACGCUCCCGCCUCUAUCAGCACCCACGCCCCCGCCCCUCCAGCCCCCACACCAUCCCCGCCUCUAUCAGCACCCACACCUUCCCGCCCCCAUCAGUCACCCACGCCUUCCCCGCCUACCAGCACCCACGCCUCCCCGCCCCAUCAAACCCCACGCCUUCCCCGCCCCAUCAGCACCCACGCCUCCCCGCCCCCAUCAGCACCCACGCCUCCCCGCCUCUACCAGUACCCACGCCCCCGCCCUCAUCAGCACCCAGCCUCCCCGCCUCCCCACCAGUACCCACGCCUCCCCCGCCCCAUCAGGCACCCACGCCUUCCCGCCCCCACCAGUACCUCUACCCGCCCCAUCAGUCACCCACGCCCUGCCCCCAGACGCACCCACCUCCCCCUAUCAGCCCACGCCUCCCCGCCCCCAUCAGUACCCACGCCCUCCCGCCCCAUCAGUACCCACGCCUCCCCGCCCCAUCAGCCCGCCCUUCACCAGCACCCACGCCUUCCCCGCCCCAUCAGUACCCACGCCUUCCCUGCCCACCAGCACCCACGCCCCCCCGCCCCCAUCAGCACCCACGCCUUCCCCGCCCCCAUCAGCACCCACCAGCACCCACGCCUUCCCCGCCCCCAUCAGGCACCCACGCCUUCCCCGGCUCUAUCAGUACCCACGCCUUCCCCGCCUCCCUCAUCAGCCCCGGGCCUCCAUCACCCAUCCCAGGGCCGCCAUCACUCAGCCCCGGGCCGCCAUCACUCAUUCGGGCGGCCAUCACUCCAGCCCGGGCCGCCAUCACCCAUCCCAGGCCGCCAUCAUCCAUCGGGCCGCCAUCACUCAGCGGCCGCCAUCCCAUCCCGGGCCGCCAUCACCAUUCCGGGCGGCCAUCACUCAGCCCCGGCCGCCAUCACCCAUCCCGGGCCGCCAUCACCCAUCCGGCCGCCAUCACCCAUCCCGGGCCUCCAUCACUCAGCCCAGGCCGCCAACACCCAGCCCAGGCCACCAUCACCCAGUCGGGCCUCCAUCACCCAGCCCAGGGCUACCAUCACCCAGCCCAGGGCCACCAACACCCAGCCCGGGCCUCCAUCACUCCAGCCACGGGCCACCAUCACCCAGCAGGGCCACCAUCACCCAGUCCCGGGCCUCAUUACUCAGCCCCGGGCCACCAUCACCCAGCCCGGGCCUCCAUCACUCAGCGGGCCGCCAACACCCAGCCCAGGGCCACCAUCACCCAGUCGGGCCUCCAUCACCCAGCCCAGGGCCACCAUCACCCAGCCCAGGGCCACCAACACCCAGCCAGGCCUCCAUCACUCAGCCACGGGCCACCAUCACUCAGCCUGGCCCAUCACCCAGCCCCAAUCACCAGGCCCGCCUCACCCAGUCCCGGGCUCCAUCACCAGCCCCGGGCCUCCAUCACUCAGCCCGGGCUCAUCACCAGGCCCGGGCCACCAACACUCAGGCCCGGCCACCAUCACCCAGCCCCGGCCUCAUCACUCAGGCCCGGCCACCAAUACUCAGCCCCGGCCUCCAUCACCCAGUCCUGCCUCCAUCACUCAGCCCUGGCCCCAACACCCAGCCCCGCCGCCAUCCUCAGCCCGGGCCACACAUCCAGCCCAGGCCACACCAGGGGCCCACACCAGGCCGCGCCAACACUCAGCCCGGCCUCCAUCACCACCCGGGCCGCCAUCACAGCCCAGGCCUCCCCAGGCCGCCACCAACACUCAGGCCGGGCCACACCCAGCCCGGCCCCAUCACUCAGCCCCGGGCCGUCAUCCAGCCCAGGCCUUCAUCACCAGGCCCGCCACCACCUAGGCCCGGGCCGCCAACACCACCAGCCCGGCCGCCAUCACUCAGCCCCGGGCCGCCAUCAUCCAGCCCAGGCCUUCAUCACCCAGCCCGGGCCUCCAUCACCUGGCCCGGCCACAACACUCAGCCCGGGCCUCCAUCACCCAGUCCCGGCCUCCAUCACUCAGCCCCGCCGCCAACACCCAGCCCGGGCCGCCAUCACUCAGCCCGGGCCGCCAUCCAGCCCAGGCCUGUCACUCAGGCCCGCCACCAACACUCAGGCCCGGGCCACCAACACUAUCGUCAAAAUACAUCCACAAAACAACACGAGACAGAAGCAGAUUUUCAGCCAUUUAUCGAGGCAGCUGCUUAA